CGAGACGGCGGUGAUUCAUGACAACGCGCAUUGCUCUCCAAAAAAUGAUGUGAAAUUUUACUACUUAGCCUAUUUAAUACUCGUAUAGCCGCCACUUAGUGUCUGAACAUACCGUGAUCGUGACAUUUCAUUGUCACGGGGAAUAUAGAAAGUGAAAAAAAACGAGGAGCAUUUGAAAGCAACACUAGUUAGUUGCCUCAGUUUAAUGAAUGGCAAAUAUAAAAUCAUGUUUAGAAUGCGUAAAAGUUAAACUAGGCAGGGGAAAACGCUCACGAUAAUCAUAUAUAUAAAUAUUCAUCGGAUUAUUUAUUGAAAUGACGGCAUGAACAGAUCACCGGACUGCUUCGACACCAGCGGAUUCAGCAGCGGUUCUACUUCUUUAAAAAAAAAAAAAACGUAAAGCGUUUGGAAUACUCCACAAAUCACCCCGCUCAUCUGCUGCGAGCGCGUCUGUUUAUAGAGCUCCACUCCGCGCUCGGACUUUAACCAGCGCCUGCUACAACUUUAAGAAAUACGUGACUUGCUUUUCCUUCCUUGCAGGAAAUCACAUGGAGGUCUCGCGCUCACAUGACAGCGUGAGCGAUCAAUGAAGAGUCAAACAUAAGAAGUCGGCGCCGCUCGUCUGCUCGCAGAGUCGUCCGAAGCCCGCAGGCGUUGAGGAUGCAGCCGGCGCGGGACGACGCGCUGACGCUGUCCCAGACGCUGGACAAGCUGCUGGUCGGAGACGCGGUGCAGGUGGAGCUCAUACCGGAGAAGAAGGGCUUGUUCCUCAAACACGUGGAGUACCAGGUCACCAGCCAGCGUUUUAAGAUCUCGGUUUACCGGCGCUACAAUGACUUCGACGUCUUCCACGAGGUUCUGCUGCAGAGGUUCGCCUACCGAGUGGUGCCGGCGCUGCCGCCCAAGAGGAUGUUGAAGGGAGUGCUGACCUCCGUCUCCGAGCGCGACUUCAUCGAGGGGAGGAGGCGCGCUCUCGCCAGAUUCAUCAACCUGGUGGCGCGGCAUCCCUUCUUCUCGGAGGACGAGCUGGUCAAGACCUUCCUGGCCUUCAGCGGCUCGGAUGUCCAGUCCAAGCUGCGCGACGCCUACAAGAAAACGGGCGACGAGUUCAUGACCAACAGAGUCGCGACCCUGGCGAAGGAAUAUCUCCCGGCCGACAUCCAGGCUCAGUUCUCCACGAGCAGAGAGCUGAUAAGGAACAUCCACAACAGCUUCCAGAAGCUGCGGGACCGGGCCGAGAAGAUGGCGGAGCGCUCCAAGGAGAACGCGACUGAUCUGCUCAUGUUCGGCAGAGAGCUCAGUACUCUGGGCUCAGACGCUUCUCCUCUUCCCUCCUUGGCCUCCUCACAAAGCACGUGGGGCGCGCUGCGGCGCUCUCUGAGGAGCCUGUCGGUGGAGUUCGCCGCGCUGUCGGACAAAGCCGCUCAGCAGGGCCGACGGGAAGAGGACGAUGUCGUGGAAAAACUCAAUCUUUUCCUGGACCUGCUGCAGUCGUACAGAGAUCUCUGCGAGCGGCACGAGAAAGGCGUCCUCCACGAGCACCAGAGAGCGCUGCACAAGUACGGCGUGAUGAAGAGGCAGAUGAUGAGCGCCACCGUGCAGCCCAAAGAGCAGGCGUCUGUGGAGCAGCUGGAGUCCCGCAUUGUUCAGCAAGAGAACGCCAUUCAGACCAUGGAGCUGCGUAACUACUUCUCCCUGUUCUGCCUCCACCAAGAGACACAGCUCAUCUUCGUCUACCUCCCGAUCACGUCCCACAUUCUGGGGGCUUUUGUUAACUCCCAGGUCCAAGGACACCGAGAGAUGGGAGCCGUGUGGAAUGAACUCGAGCCAAAGCUCGGGUGUCUCUUCGGUGGAAAUAACGGAUUGAAACCUUCCACCUGAGACCCGAACGCAGAGGAAAUCACCCUGCAGCCACGGAGACGUCUUCUUAUACACACGAGUGCGUUCCACGAGGGUGUCCGAACGGGUUCUCGUCUUCGCUUCAGUGUUCGGGCCUCGGCCGUGUUAACAGCUGCGCACAUUUAACGCCUCGCUCGACGGUGAAGUAUAAAGGCUGUUUCACAAGGCAGACGGGAUAUUAAAGCGCUCCAUCUCGUUCCCUGAAGCACCUUCCAACCUGUUAGAAGGUUCCUACACUAAAGACAGUUUGAAGAGCGUGACAUCAUGUUUUGGUUUAUUACAGGAUGGGAUUCUUUUAAAUCUCCAGCCCUGAAGGUUUUGACUUGCAGAAUAACUCUAGACCGAUGUGCUUUUGAUACAGAUGUGAGUUCAUAUGGACGUGUAGCAGCACACUUUAUACGUUUUAUCAACAACUGCGCUACUGUGUUACUUCUACAAUGUUUACUUCUAUGUAGAGCAACACACUUGCUUCCUCUGCUUGAAUUUACUCCCAUGUUGUAUUUCCUAACUAUUCUGAAAGGCCUAUGCGCCAAGUGAACUACUAUAAAGGGCAGAUUUGAGAUUUAUUGAUUAAAAAUGACAUUUAGCACCAGCAGUGUAAUGUUAAUAACACUAAGCCAUUGAUUUACUACCAACGUGUAAUCAUAUAAAUCCAGGGCUGCUGCACAGUUUGAACUCGAACGUUUAAUGAUCACUUGAAGAUGUUUUGAAGGUGUCACUUUUUGAGAUGGAGGCUUGUUUUCACAGCUGGAUAAAUGCUAAUUUAAAUGAGUUUUGUAACGCAGCAUCCUUUUCUGCUAUUAGACUUUCUACUGAGACACUUGGCCUGAAAACAACCAUGCACAUGCAUCUCUGCACACAUAUAACCUGCUUCAGAACAUGAUGUAUUUUUCUAAAUAACAAAAUCAAAAGGGACAAGUUGCCGUGGAUGCGCUCACGUUACUUCAGACUAACAUCUCAAACACACAAACUGAGGCUGAAAUCGAGAAAUUCAACUUUUAUUCUAUGAAGAAACUGUGCAAACUAUUGUUUCUGGAAUUGUACAGCUCACCUGCACAGAACAAGAAAUCCACUGAUUAUCACUGUAGAUAUUGUAAAUGUUGAAUUUGUGCUGAAUCAAUUAUCCUGAAAAUAAAAUCACAGGGUGUAUUUUC